AGUCGUUCACACCGAACAGCAAGUUAUAAAGGGCCCUCAAAUUGACUAGCGUAAAACCAUUCAAACGAGAAAACCACUGGGAAUGGUCUUAUCUACAAUGUAUGUAAAAAAACGAGAAACGAGAAACACAUUCACCACGAGUGUGACCUACCGAAUUAGACCAUUUACCGGGUUUGUAAUAACAUGAAGCAGGAUAUGCUUACGGUUCCAGAACACCUGAGAUCUUUGACGGGGAAAGAUGAGCCCCAUACUAUGGAUACCAAUGUUUUUAUUCAGUACUCUUGUCUGUACAACUGGAAAGUUAAUUUUCACAGGACCUGUAGAUAAAAGGGGCAUAUAUACAAGACCACUAGAUAAAGCAGACAAAGUAACAAGAACAUUGGAGAUGGAAACCAAACCUACAAACAUGGAUAUAAAUAAACAAAGAACAUUAAAAACCGGAAACAUCAUUGUAGAACCAAGAGACACAGCCGUAAAUGAACCAAGAACAGUAGGCACAGGAGGUAGUAUUAAAAAACCAGUAGACAAAGGUGUAAAUAAACCAAGAACCGUUGGAACUGGAGGCACUUUUAUAUGGCCAGGAGACACAAUUGUCAGUGAACCAAGAACUGUAGAAACAGGAGGUAGAAUUAUAGAUCAAGGACACGUGAUUGUUAAUGAACCAAUAACUGGAGGUAUCAUUAUAGGACAAGGAGAUACAAUUGUAAAUGAAAAUAGAACAGUUGGAAAUGGUGGCACCAUUAUUUGGCAAAGAGACACAGGUGUAAAUGAACCAAGAAAAGUACAAACUGGAGGCACCAUUAUAGGGCAAAGAGACACAGGUGUAAAUGAACCAAGAAAAGUACAAACUGGAGGCACCAUUAUAGGGCAAAGAGACACAGGUGUAAAUGAACCAAGAAAAGUACAAACUGGAGGCACCAUUAUAGGGCAAAGAGACACAGGUGUAAAUGAACCAAGAAAAGUACAAACUGGAGGCACCAUUAUAGGGCAAAGAGACACAGGUGUAAAUGAACCAAGAAAAGUACAAACUGGAGGCACCAUUAUAGGGCCAGGAAACACCGGUGUAAAUGAAUUUAGAGCAGUUGGAGAUAGUAAUAUGAAACCUGGAGACAAAGGUGUGAAUAAACUACAAGCUAGAGGCACCAUAAUAAGCCAAGAAUACACAGGUGUUAAUGAACCAGGAACAGUAGAAACCAAAGGCACCAUAAUAAAACCAGGAAACAUGGAUGCAAACAACACAAGAACAACAGAAGCAGGAGGCCACGUCAAAAGACCAGUUAGAAGCAAACCUUUUAGAGGGACAAGAAACGGCUUCAAAGCACAGAAUCAACCAUUAGGUGGAAAUGGCAGACACAUGACACUUGGUAAAAUGCUGUCUACCGUUUCAAAUAGUACACAACCAAAUGCCACAAAUAAGAAUGGUGUAGGGUCAGGUUUCCAACGGUUUAUACCACCUUUUGUUUUAAAUAUGAAUAUAUAUGAAUACAUACCAAGGAAAUUUCACCAAAAAGUUCACGACGACUUGUUAAAUGUUAAAAACAAACCUUUAACUGCUAGUAAAUUUUGAUGCAUUUGUUCGUAUAUUUUUUUUAAUGUAGUCUAGCCUAAGAAAUGAAUUAUACAGCAACUAUGUUUACGAAAGUAAAUGCAUCUAUAAUUUUUUGAUACAUUGGUUCAGACGUUUCAAUGCACUCCAAUGUUGUCCGAGUUGACUGUUAUUCACCGAGGAUAUUAUUAAAAAAAAACAUAUAUAUAAAUAUGUAUUUUUUAUUAAAUAAUUAAUAGUGUCGAUAUCUUGAGAGGAUCGACAUUCAAUAAAUAAUCAGAUAAUGCACCCCUUCGGACAUUUAAAAUCACAUUAUUGUUAUAUUGAUAUAGCCACUUUUUGGAAAUCUACUUAAAAGUAAAUUUUAUUUUCUAAACCUAUUAACCGUACUUGUAAUUGGCAAAGAGUUUAUGCGUGGGUAUAUGUCAAUGAGUAAAAAACCUGACGACACAAAAAAAAAAUCCAAGACAUCUAGUGGGCAACAUUUUUAAAUUCAUGUAUUACUGUAUUUUAUUUUUUUCAAUUAAAAAUGUUAUCAAAGAUA